CACGUGGAUUAUGUGUGCAACGAUGAUCCCCCAGUCCGCCCAGCUUUUGACUUGCUUCAAACCAAAACACUUCUACCAUUAGCCCUAAACCAACAAUUGGUAUAAUGUCACAUCGGUCAAGAACAGCCCGUGCUUAUCAAGGGAGUCUGAAACCACAACCGCAUACCUCUGGUGAAACGGCAUGGAACACCUCACCAGAUGCGCACACAAAUUCCCAUCACUAUGCAUUUGAACAAAGAAAUGACGACCACGUUGACCUACUCGGGAAUAAGAUAACAGAGUUGAAACAGAUAUCUCUUCAAAUAGGAGAGGAGGUGACAUAUCAAUUGGGGGCAUUACGAGAUAUGGAAAAUGACUUUGAAAAGAGCGGUGGACUGUUGGGUGCGACUAUGAGAAGACUAAAGAUCAUGGCACGAACACAAAACGGGCGAUGGAUGUGGUAUCUCAUCUUUUUCGUGCUCGCUGUGUUCUUGUACAUCUAUCUCUUUCGAUACAAAAAAUGAUCUUGUACGGACCUCAGCUUGUUCCUCUUCGGCUGUAAGGUAUAUACAAUGGAGUAGCAGAGGGUACGGACAAGCAGUUUACAUUCUGUAAACGAAUCCUCCCUCUGCGCCUCUGAAACUUGCUUUCAUAUGGUGACGUUCGGUUAGCGGCAAUACAACGUGCAACCAUUCUUCUUCGACA